CGAGAAAGUUGUAAUCAGGACGAUCCAAACAAAUUGCAAAAUUCACAAAUUAAUAAAAGAAGGAAGAGAGUUUAUUUGUUUAUCAACCUCGACAUCUUUAUCUAAAUAAUUGAAUUAUUUACCAUUGUUUAAUAAAAUAAAAAGAUAUAGAAGAACAAUGUUGCAGCUGGAAGUAUUGAUGAUUUUGCUUUCUUCAGUGUCGGUUACAGGAAUACAAGAUUUUUACUGUGAUCGAUUUGCUCAGUCUAUUAUGGGUGUAACGGAGGGUAGGAUCAUAUCACGUUAUCAAGAUCAGGCAUUUUAUAGUAAUGACAUGUCUUGCCAAUGGGAACUUGAUGCAUUAGAAAAUGGGCGCAUACAGUUAACUGUGGAGAAUCUGGAUCUACAGUGGAAUCCUGAAUAUUCUUCAUGUUCUGGAUAUGAUCAUCUUGAAAUAUUUGAAGGAUCGGAAAAGAACCAUACACACUUGACAUCAGUUUGCCAUGCAAAGAAUCCGCAUAGUAUAAUUUCAACUGGAAGAUAUUUAUAUAUGAAGUUCACUUCAAAUCAUCAGAACUUUGGUGCAAAGAGUGGAAUUGAGAUCAAAUUUAAGACCUUUAGAGAUGGAUAUUGUCCACCAAGUUGGUUCCAAGCUUCUGUAUCCUCUGAGGACUGUUUUAUGGUUGGACUAAAUGGGCAGGCAGGAUGGAGCCGGGCUCAAGAUAUUUGCAACUUUAACAGAGCUAAUUUAGCGAGCAUUUUGUCGGAUUCUGAAUACAAUGCUAUUUUAGUGCAUGGAAGAAAUCAGUCAGCAAUGUUAACUCAAGCCUGGCUCGGCCUGAGUGACCGUGAUAAAGAUGGGACAUACAAAUGGAUAGAUAAACAUUCUCUAGCUUAUAAAAGGAAAAUGACGGGGAAAAGAUAUGACACGUUUUGUAUUGCUCAAGAUUAUAGGACCGGCGAUUGGAGUGUGCUCAACUGUGAUAGUCAACACUUCUAUAUCUGUAAAUGUAAAAAAG